CUAUUACUUUUGUCUUAGGGCAUAACUAUAUUAAAAUUUCCAGGUUUUUCAUAUCUGGCCCUCUCUACAACUGCAGCAUUUAUGCAGCACCUCAUUCUAUACUUCUGGAACCGUUUUGAGGUGCCAGCUCUGCAAAGAUUCAUGCAAAAUCGCCGGUCUCAGCUUCAGCAACAUCCAGACUUCCAAAUUACCUCCUCUACCAUUCUUGCAUCGACAUUACAUAUCACAAGAUUGAACACAAGGAACCCAGGCCCACCUAACACAGACAUGGCCUCUGGGCAAGGCUGGAGACCUGGACCCGACCAAGCCAUGCCGGCCAAUCGGGCAGAAGCUCCUGGACCAGAACGAUCAGAAAACGAUAGUACAGAUAGGGUUGGUAACACUACAGGGAUCCCAGGACAAACUGACCUCCGGCAAGGCGAAACUGGUCCCAACCCAGGGACCAUGAAUUCAUUUAGCUCACUAUUGUUAUGGAUCUUAGGAGGGGCUUCUGCCGAAGGCUUCAACUCGUUUCUUUCGAUGUUCAGAGAUGUUAGAGAGCAAGGGCAAGUUUACGCUGAGCCUCCAAGGCCUGAAAAUGGGGGAACUCAGAAUGUGCAAUAACAGAAAUGGAUUUUACAAUUUAAAAGGAAUCUAAAUGCUAAUUAGUUGUAUCUUUAUGUAUCUCUUAUAAACUUAUAGCGCCAGGCUUGAACACUUUUUGUAUAGAAAUUAUAUUUGAGAUAUGUU